GCAGUGGCUUCUGGUUACGUCAUUAAGAGACAAGUCCCGUAUUUGAAGGUCACCCAUUGGCUUAUUUUCCACAGUUGUACCCGUCUUUGGUUUCUGGUUGGUCAGUGUAGCUGGGACUGUUCAUGCGGUUACAGGUUAAUGCAACGAGAAGGAGCGCGAGGCAGUAGCAAGGUGGAGGGGGACUAGUGUGCUGUUUCGAACUGUUUUUGUUCUGAAAUCAUUCAUAGGAUUAUUUUAAAUUUGCUCAAAAUUACACUCGCUUUGCUGUACAGUAUACAUAUAUUUAGUAUUAUUUUUAGGAUGCUAAUGGUAUAUUAUUAUUAAGAACUUUUGCGUUAAACUUUUUUUUUUUUUAAUUUAAAACAGUUGUUCAAAAAAAGAUGCAGAAGAGAAAAUCAAAUGGAAUUAGUUCUUAAACUUAAACUUUUUGUAUCAAACGACUCGACUAAUUGCAAUGGGAGUCUUUGUUAACUCUUGCAAAGUCGAUUACCUUGCACUGUUGUCUAGUUUCCCUGGGUAUUGUGCAUUGCAGCUACUUAAAUAAUUAUUUUUAGUUGCAGCAGAAAGUAGUGUCUGUUUUGGGGUUUGCACUUGUUUAAAUUUCUCUGUGGAUUACCUCCAGCAUUUUCGAGGAAAUCAGCAGGAUCCGCAGACUGCAUGUGGAGGAUGGUCGAGUGGUUCAGCGGUUGUUUCUGACUUGCCUGUUAGUAUUUGUGCUCUAAAAGAGCAUAUUUAUUCCAACAUGGCUUCAAGUUUUAUUCUUGUGAUACAGUGAUCGAUCCUGGACUUUCGUCUUCAGUGGAAGAGUUAUCUUUUUAAAAAAUGGAUGUCACGGUUUCAGAAUUAAUGGGCAACUUCUUGGAGUGUCCAUUGGUGACAUGGGUCAAAACAUUUGGACCACUAGGAACAGGGGAUGAGGACAAGCUGUCCAUGUACCUGGAUCUGGUGGAUGGAGUCUUCUUAAACAAAAUAAUGCUGAAAAUAGACCCCAGUCCUACGAACCAACGAGUUAACAGAAACGUUAACAAUGAUGUCAACCUUCGGAUACAGAACCUUACUAUUCUCGUCCGGCACAUCAAGAACUACUAUCAGGAGAACCUACAUCAGUUGAUAGUAAUGAACUUGCCCAACGUCCUGACGAUUGGGAAAGACCCCCUGACAAGUAAGAGCAUGGAAGAAAUUAAGAGGCUGCUGCUGCUCAUUCUGGGAUGUGCUGUUCAGUGUGAAAGAAAAGAGGAGUUCAUAGAGAAGAUCAAACAGCUGGAUAUAGAGACUCAGGCAGCCAUAGUCACGCAUAUUCAGGAGGUGACCCACAAUCAGGAGAACGUGUUUGACCUGCAGUGGCUGGAGAUGCCUUACCUGCCCCCUGAGGACCUCGACUCCCUCUCCAGGAACAUGGUCUUCCACCUGCGCAAGCUCAUUGACGAGAGGGACGACUCUUCUGAGGUGAUUGUAGAGCUGACCCAGGAGCGGGAUUACCUGCAGUCCCAGCAGCCCCUCAGGCCAGUGAAGACCUCCAGCCCAGAGACAACCCCCGGCCCCGUAACCCUGCUCUCCAAGGAGGACCGCCAACACCUGGCCGUCGAACUGGCGGACUGCAAGGCCAAGCUCCGCAGGACAAGGCAGGAGCUGGAGGAAAAGACUGAACAACUGAUUGAUACCAGAAAUGAAGUAGAUCGACUAGACUUGGAUCUGCAGAAGCUAAAGCAAGAGAAUAUUCAGCUGACAGCGGACGCCCGCUCGUUGAGAGCCUAUCGAGACGAGCUGGACUCCUUCCGAGAGAAGGCCUCCAGAGUGGACAAGCUGGAGACUGAGCUUGCCCGCUGUAAGGAGAGGCUACACGAUGUUCAUUUCUACAAGGCCCGCAUGGAGGAACUGCGUGAAGACAACGUCACCCUGAUAGAGACCAAAACAAUGUUGGAGGAACAGUUGACGUUGGCAAGAGGUCGCUGUGAUAAACUGCAUGAGCUAGAGAAGGAAAACCUGCAGCUCAGAUCUAAACUCCAUGACAUAGAAUUAGAUCGUGACACCGAUAAGAAGCGAAUAGAAGAGCUUUCAGAAGAGAACAUGGUACUGGAGAUUGCGCAGAAACAGAGCAUGAACGAGUCGGCACAUUUGGGAUGGGAACUGGAGCAGAUGUCUAGAAGCACUGAUGUAAAUGAUGCACGUAAGUCAUUUGUAUUCGAGUUGAACGAGUCUGCAUCAAGUCGCAUCCUAAAGCUGGAGAAAGAGAACCAGGGUCUGCAGAACACAAUCCAGGAGCUCCGGGACACCUCACUCACUCUGGAGGAGGGCAACCUGCGCAGCCUCGAGCUUGUAAAGGAGAACCAGCAGCUCAGCAAAAAGAUAGAGAAGCUUCAGUCCCAGCUAGACCAGGAGAAGCAGACGAACCAGGACAUGGAAUCUCUGGUAGAGGAGCUGCUGAAAGAGAAGCAGAAGCUCAUGAAAAAUAUGGAGACCAUGCGGGGUGAAAAAGACAGACAGAUUUCAGAACUUGAACAGGAAAAUGACCACCUGAACCAGACCGUGACCUCGUUACGGCAGAGAGCCGAGAUCGGCUCUGAGGCAAGAGUGAAGGAUGUGGAGAAGGAGAACCGAAUCCUCCAUGAGACUAUAACAGACACAGGCAGCAAGCUGACACAGCUGGAGUUCGAGAAGAAGCAGGUCCGCAAAGAGCUGGUUCAGCUCAAGGAGAAGGUACAGAAGUCUGAGGAGUUGGAAAAAGAGGUGCACAAGCUAGAACGCACCAACGAGCAGUUGCAGAAGAAGCUGGCGUCCCUGACAAUCACCUGCGACAAAAUCGAAGCUCUCGAGCAGGAGAACUGCAUCCUAGAAAUGGAAAAUAGGAAGCUGAAAAAAUUAGCGGACAAUGCACACAAUGCAGCUCUCAGGAUUGAAACCAUGGAGAAAGACAACCACCAGCUGGAAGAGGAGAACCUAGAGAUGAGGAGGACGGUAGAAACUCUAAAGUUCACAAGCACUAAGCUGGCCCAGAUGGAACUGGAAAAUAAGGAGCUUGAGAAGGAGAAAGAAGAGCUAGCCAGAAACAUGGACAUGAUGAAGGCCCUGUCCAAGAAAUCUGAACGGUUGGAGGUCAGCUACCAGGCGCUGGACUCGGAGAACCAGAGGCUCCAGCAGACUCUGGAGAAUAGCAACAAGAAAAUCCAGCACCUAGAAAAAGAGGUGCAGGACACAGAGAAGGAGAACCAGCAACUGCAGAAGAGUCUAGAGGAACUUACGAUCUCCAGCAAGCGCCUGGAGAAGCUGGAGUGGGACAACCAUAGGCUGGAGCAGGAGGUGACUCAGCUGGAGAAGGACAAGAAGCAGUUGGAGAAGGAGGCAAAGCGGCUGUGGCAGCAGGUGGAAGUGAAGGAGGCAGCAUUGGACGAGAGUGGGCUUAAAGUCGCCACCCUGGAGAAGGAGAGUAAGACACUAGAGAAAGAGCUGAGCAAGUUAAAAGAAGCUACCAACAAGGCCAGGGAGGUGGAGAGGGAGAACAAGGACAUGCAGAAGCAAGCCACCAUCGACAAGAGGACACUAGCCACACUGAGAGAGGACCUGGUUCAUGAAAAGCUGAAGAGCCAGCAGCAGUCCAACGAGCUGGAGAAGCUGAACCAGGAGCUGGAGAAGAUCGGCCUCAACAAGGAGAAGCUUCUACAAGAGGAGCACAGCAGUGAUGACAAUAAAUAUAAGAUCCUGGAGACGAAGAUAGAGUCAACACUACAGAAAACACUAGAGAUUAAAGAGGAGAAGAUCCAGGCCUUGGAGUCACGGCUUGAAGAGUCAUCCAGCCUGAACCAACAGCUCCGAAGUGAACUGACCUCGGUGAAAAAGAACUUGGAAGCAAUGAAGCAAAGACAGGAGGAAGAAGCGUACCACUUGAAUUCGGCUAAAAUCUCUCCGGAGAAACAGCCACCGAACAGCCAGAACAAGGAGAAGUGGGAGACGGAGCACCGUGAGACCACCAUGGAGCUGCUGAAGGUGAAGGACAGAGUCAUCGACACAGAGAAAUGCAAUGCUGCCCUCCAAGCUGAGAAACAUCUGCUGAAGGAGCAGCUCAAACAGCUGGAUAGCCAGAACAACUUGCUGAAUAGUCAGAUUGUAGCACUUCAGAGACAGGCUGCUUCCUUACAGGAGCACAACACCGCCCUGCAGACUCAGACGGCCAAGCUCCAGGUGGAAAACUCAACACUGAAUUCUCAGAGUGUCUCUCUGAUGGCCCAGAAUGCCAUGCUCCAGAGCCAGCAGUCGUCGAUGGAGACAGAUGCUGAAAACGUGGUGAAGCAGAAAGAGGAGCUGAAGGCCACCCACGAGUCCCUGCUCCUGGACCACGAGCGGUUCAUGGCCCUACACGAGCGGCAGUCUGUAGAGUAUGAAACACUAAUCAGCCAGCAUGGCAGCUUGAAAAUGACGCACAAAGCCUUGGAGCAUGAAUACAGGGAUUUGGAUGUCAGGUAUGGCGUUCUGUUGAGGCAGAAGGCAGCUAUGGAAGAACUGGAAAUGGCUUUAAAAAGUGAGAGGGAGAACCUGGCAAUGGAGAAGCAGAAAAGCACACUCCUGUUGGGAGAGAACAACAACCUUAAGGAAGAAAUCGACAGGUUUACAUUCAUGCACCGGCAGCUGCAAGAGGAGUACGACGGGCUGCAGCUGCACACCAAGGAGCUGAAGAGCGCACUGAACAACAGCCAGCUGGACCUGAACCGCUGGCAGGCACGCUACGACGAGCUGAAAGAGCAGCACCAGAACCUGGACAUCUCCCUCACCAAGCUGGACAACCACUGUGAGCUGCUGAACCGUCUGAAAGGGAACCUGGAGGAGGAGAACCACCACCUGCUGAGUCAGAUCCAGAUGCUGAGCCAGCAGAACCAGACGCUGCUGGAGAGGACCAUGGAGAGCAAGGAGCUCUACCACGAGGAGCAGAAACAGUACAUUGAUAAAUUAAAUACCCUUCGACGACAAAAAGAGAAACUGGAAGAGAAGAUAAUGGACCAGUACAAAUUUUAUGAUCCAGCUCCUAAAAAGAAGAAUAACUGGGUUGGGGCGAAAGCUCUAGUGAAACUGAUCAAGCCAAAGAAAGACGGUUCCCGAGAACGGCCCAAGUCUACCCCAGAGAGCCUGGCACAGCCAUCGGACUACCCGGAUGGACUGCCACCCCUCCCCCCACCCCCGCUGCCCCCUAGGCUGUCUCACCUCAGCCUGGAUAACAACUUUCUGGGCUCUCACUCCCUGGAGGAGAACCUCAACCACAUCCCCACCACCAGAGCCUUGAAUGACAGUGGUGUCAAACUAAGAGGCAUGUACAGGAGCGCAGGAAGUAAUGAGAACAUGGAGAGCCCAGAAGCCGUUGCUAGGCGACGACGCAUGGAGCUGGGAUCCAUGGCCUACUCUACCUCAGCCAUCCAUAUGAGUGUCUCAAGUUCUACUCCAAUCCCUGGCUCCAGGCAAACUCUGAGGCCUAAAGGUUUUAUCUCGGAUGACGAUCUUCGCUUGCAGUCACUUGAUGCAGUGUUUGCCAACAGUAGUAAUGGAAACCAAGCAUACAGGACAAACGCUUUAGACCACAGUCGAAAUGCCUCCAACAGCAGCUCUCCUGUCAACUCCAAAGGUUCCUGUGAUCGGAUCCAGGGCAGGUCGGUAAACCUGUCCAGCGAUGAAGUGAUUUCAGGGCACGAGGCGGCCACCCUCCCCAGAGAAGGCUGUCUCUACCGCUCCGGAUCAGCUUUUGUCUCAAGCAGCAAGCAGGAGCCUGGACAGUGUGUGAACGGCCUGGCUUCCUAUGACACCCCCCAGAAGGGUGCUCCCAGUCAUCCCCAGGGCAGAGCUCGACCAAGUCUAGGAUCCCCCAGCAGCGAGCUGGUCACGUUGGAAGAGUUCUUGCAGGAGAGCAACAACUUAUCACCACCCACUCGUAGACACAGUUUAGAUGAGACGGAGCUCAUUUCAUUGCACGAGUUCUUAGCCGAAGCCGACUCCAUGCUCCCCAGUGACUCCGCUCUCUCCAGAACGACUGCCACCAGACGUCUGAGCAGUGGUGACACAUACAGCAAAAAGGCAGGCAGGCCCAGUAGGAGACCUGUUUCCUAUAUUCCCAGGGUUCAGACGAACAUCCGAGAUGAUUUGAUGAGUGACUACUUCAAGAAAAUCAACGAGUCCCCUAUCAUCGGGAAGCAGAGCACCCUGAAGGAUGUUGCCAAGAUGCCCACAAAUUAUGUCAUGCCAACCAUCAAAGCGGCUCCUGCCAAUUCAUUGGAUGGGAGAUCUAAACCUGGGCAGAGCGUCAAACCCAGCAUCCGACCCCCAGACCCUCAGCCACAAACCCCAAGCAACGCAGCUUCUGUACGGCAAACGCAAACUCUGCCAACCAGGUCACGGCAGGCAGAACGGUUGGCACAGACGCAGCAGCAACCUGGCAAGAGAGGUGGCAGCGGUAACCUGAGCCGUACGUUCAGCUUGGCAUCUGCCGACCUCCUCAGAUCCAACGGGCCAGACAAUUGCAGGCAGGAGAGUUCGCCUAAACCUGCUGCAGAACUUAACCCCAGCCCCGGGAUCGUUGUCAGGAGGCAGGCUACAAUUGCCCAUGAGCGGCCCCAAUCCGCUAGGCUGUCAGGAUCCUCUUCUCAGGGCGGCGAGCUUCAUUACCGCACUGUGGAUCCCAGACGGCUUUCUCUAGCUCCUCCCAAGGAUGACCUAAGGCCCCUAUCUCCCCAACAGCAUCCCCAGCACCAGUCCUCCACACUUUCUCUUUCUGGUUCUGUGAACAACCCCAGUGUAGCUUGCGAAAAACCAGAGAGGUAUGGCGCUACCGGUUCACCGCACUACUGCCCGGCACAGCAAGGGCCUCCCAGAUCUGUGCCACAGCAGCCACCAGUGCGGCCUGUUUCCCAGCAUCGCGGAGAGGUGGCAAUGGUGACGCCAGUCAGGGCGGUGCCCCCCCCAAAAGAGAAAGAAGUGAUCGGGGAGCAAAGGCAGAUGGAUACGUCUCUUUCAGAAAGCCUGGCCAAGUCACCUGAGAGAGGCAGCAGCACUGAGGGUCCCGGCACAGAAAACCUGAAUCGGAGCAACUCCAGCACCCAUAAGAGUACUCCGGACUCCCCUGACCCCAGCAAUGACCCACAAAGUGUUUGGUAUGAAUAUGGCUGCGUGUAAAUGAAAGCCGCUGAAACAAAAUGGGAGUUUCUGUUUAACCGACGUAAAAUGGUGGUCCGGGAUGAGAAGGGUCAGGCUAUUUAGCAUGUUUGUUGCCACCUCUCCAUGACUUUCUCCUCAGCAGGAUUUAUUGAGACUGGGAGGCAAACAUUGGUCCCCGUGGCGAUUAGGUUUCCAAUAUAGUACAGUUUACCUAAGUCCCCGAACCUGCCUCUGACUACACACUAUAGCCUCAUAUCCAGAUGAGAAUUGAACUCCACCUUCCUAAUUCAAAGACAUAUGUAAAGAAUAAAAUAAAUCAACUUGCAUUUAUGCAGUACAGCACUUUCAAAUUUUCCACAGAGGAAACAUCAUGAACAUUUCAUCAUUAUGCCUGACUUGUAUUUCCCCAGUUCAAAUUCAUUUCACCUGUUUCUCAGCAGUAUAUCUGUGGGUUUUUUUUUUUUUUUUGGCAGUACAGGACCUGCAUCAAUUCACCAUCCUUUCAGCUGUCUGUGGCAUGACUGAAGACUCGCCCCAAUGCUCCCUCCUCCUCUUACUCAUCUGUUAAAUUGAAAAUAUGAACCCACAGGGGGCUAUAUUCUUAAAAUAUAUGAACCUCACUUGACCCUAUUCGUUGUCCACCAAUUAUAAGGUAAUUCAGAAUCUGUACAGGUCUUUCUCACAAUUGCAUUACGCAAGAACAUCUCUAGAGUAAUGCAUUUGUUAGAAGAGCUGACAUUAAGGAAUCUACAUUUCAAAAGUAACCAAACACAAAUUUUACUGUGCAGCCAUGCAUUCUAGAUUUUUCCCUAUUGUUGGUCUGGUAUAACAACAACUAACUCUAAAUAAUACCCAGAGUCCAGUUUGUUUCUUACUACUUUUGAAAUUUUGAAUUCACCAUCCUGGGCAAUUAGAGUUUCUACUUUUCUGCUGGAAAUAUAGAACAAAAUCCCUCUUGUUACAUCUAUAUAUCCCUUUACUGUGCUGAUUAUUUAGACAGAGAAAACACCAAUCUUAUUUAUUGUUCUUUACAAAAUAAUUUAGCAGUCUGGUAUAGGGGAUUUGUUGGUUAUACACAUGGUGCGUCGAUGUAUUAAACUUACUUUCUAAUCACCCUGUACUUUAAGGGCUGGUUUCACAGAUCCAGAUUAGUGCUAAUCUUGGACUACCCAAUGUUAAUUUAGGCAAGGUAGUCCAAGAUUGGUGCUAAUUGGGUCUGUGAAACCAGCUGUGAAAUAUAUUUGAGUGUUAAAUGCACUUCAUUAUAAAGAGUUCCCCUUUAUAAUAAUGUAGACGGGUUCUGUGUCCUGCCUUCUAACGGGAAAGCAAGUGCAGGUGAAAUAUCAUUAUCAGGCAAAUGUGAGCCAUGAUCAUACCACCUUAUAGCUGGUUCCACAGUACAAAGGGCCUCCCUGUAAUAAGUGACUGCUGUAUUGACUGUUUGAAUUGAUACAGGUUAUUGAGACAAUACUGCUGGUAAGGAAUUGGACAGAAAGAACUUGCUGUUAAUUAUUUCUGCUUUACACAAAAGGCAACCAUGUAUAUGUCUUUCUAACCCCUCAUUUUAUGACCUACAGUACAUUGAGGUGGAAGACUACAUUCAUUAUGUGUUUACACUGGAUCCUAAUGUAAAUAAAGUUGUGAUUUGUUUUUCUUUGUGUAAAUACAAUGUAAAUGAAUAUUGAUAUGUGAAUGUAACUUCCAUUUUUAUAUUUGGCAGGAAAGUAAUACACUGAGGAUUUUCACAUGCUGAAUGCCCAUUCUGUCAUAACGGUCUUUACACUGGGUACAUUUGAACUCUUAACUUGGCAAUAAACAAAAUGAUUGUUCAAAUUGUAAACCUUUUUAAAUUAACAUUGCUUUAAAGAAUGGUUUUCUGUUUCUCACUGACUUGUUUUACAUUGUCCCUGAAUACUGCAGGAGAGAUCCGAAAUCUUAGAUGUGCUGCAAAUGCUUUUAUCCUGAAUCGAACUGCAGUUUAAAAAAAAAAAAAAAACCUGUGGUGUGCUGAAGUACUUUCAUUUUUUUUUCUAUUUAAAAAAAAAAAAAAAAAAAAAACUAAGGCAGAGAUCAAUUAGGUGACAUAGGAUAGAAAACAAAACCACAUUUCCUCUGUUUUUUUUUGUUUGUUUGUUUUUUUACACUACAAAGAGCUGGAUUUUGUUUUAGUUUUUUUAUAAAAAUCAUGAUUUACAAUGUAAAUAUGUCUCUUAUUCUCACAGGAAAUUCAAAUGGGACAUUCACUUUUGAAUUCUCUUUUUGUUGUUACUGUCAUAUUGCUGUUGUCCAUGUUGAUUUACUAUAGAAAAGUUUUUUUUUUUUUAAUAAUAUGGAAGCCUUUGUAAUAAAGAGUUCGAAUUGAGCAAG